AAAAAAGUUCACAUCGUGUGGGACAUGUACCAGACUACUCCACCUUUAAACUCAACCCCUCAUUGCCUCAUAAAACCAAAAUGUAGUCUCCCUUUAUAUAACCACUUCUCGAAAACUGAAACCUUUGAAGCGAGAACAACAUAGUUCGAUAAACAUUCUUUUUGUAAGAGAGACUUGGCAACUAGUUUUUACUCAAAAGUAAACGUUUCUUCUCGUUCAUGGUGAUAACUAUAGAGUGAUAACAUGAUGAAAAGUUUGGAUAAUGCGGUUGGAGGAAAGACAGCAAGGGCUUGUGACAGCUGCGUGAAGAGGCGAGCACGUUGGUACUGCGCAGCUGAUGAUGCUUUCCUUUGCCAUUCUUGUGACGGUUCGGUCCACUCAGCGAACCCUCUUGCCCGUAGACACGAGAGGGUUCGUCUGAAAUCGGCUAGCACCGGAAAGCAUGGCAACGCCUCCUCCUCCCCACCUCACCGAGCCACAUGGCAUCAGGGGUUUACACGUAAAGCUCGGACUCCACGUGGAGGCAAGAAGAGUCACACGAUGGUUUUCCAUGACCUUGUGCCGGUGAUGAGCUCAGAGGAUCAGAGCUACGAGGUCGAAGAUCAGCUCAUCUUUCAGGUGCCUGUCUUGGAGCAAUGCUUAAACGAAUCCGUGGAGACAAAAAUAGAGUUUCCGAUGUUGCCUGUAUGUUUCAAAAACAGCGAUGAAGAAGAUGACAACGCUGAGAGUUGUCUAAAUGGUUUAUUCCCGACCGACAUGGAACUGGCUCAGUUCACAGCUGAUGUGGAGACUCUCCUCGGAGGAGGGACAAAUGAAGAAUUUCAUGGCGUGGAAGAGUUCGGGUUAGGUGAGAUGUUAAAGAUUGAGAAAGAGGAAGAGGAAGAAGUUGCGACAACAGAAGUGUGUGACCUAGAUAACGCUGAUGAGACUUCUCCAUUGGAAAUAAGCUUUGACUAUGAGAGCACACACAAGAUGGCUUUCGAGGAAGAAGGAGAAGAAGAAGAAAAAGAAGACGCAGCUAAGGAUGUGAUGGGCGUGGGAGUGAAUGAAGUGAGUGAUAGGAUUAAGGAAGAGAAGAAGGAGAAGGUUCUUAUGCUUAGAUUGGACUACCAAGCGGUGAUUUCCACAUGGGGUUGCCAAGGAACACCAUGGACCGCCCUCGAGCCACCUGAAAUAGAUCUCGACAUGCUCUGUUUGCCACCCAAUUCCACGGGUGAAACACGGGGAGAGUCUCAUCAUCACAACCACUUUCAUGGCCUAAGGUUACACAUGGGAGAGGCUGGGGAUGGAGGAAGAGAAGCUAGGGUUUCAAGAUACCGAGAGAAAAGGAGGACAAGGUUGUUCUCCAAAAAGAUAAGGUAUGAGGUACGUAAAUUGAAUGCUGAGAAAAGGCCUCGAAUGAAAGGAAGAUUCGUGAAGCGAUGUUCGAUUGCUGCUGCUCACUAAGAUGAUCGUAAUUAACUAUAUAUAUAUCAUUUUACUAUGCUCCCUUACUACUACUUUGUUGCUAAAAUUUUGGUGAUUGUUAGCUUUCUUUUUCGGCAAUGUUAGAAAUUUUUGCACGUUUUGUGAGCUAUACAUAUGUAAAUAUAGAUAUAUAUCACCAAAACUUUGACUAUAUUGUAAGGACUUAUUUAUAUAUUUGAUAAAACGUGAAUUUUGACUCCUAGUAAGCUAGUAACCAAAAUAAACAUAUGGAUUGUCACAAUUAUACUUCUAAAUCUCAGACCAAAUGAUAAUAUGUUGGUUUGUAAUUGUAUUGCGUAAUUCAUGCGAUAUUGUUAGAGAUGAGAUUCGUACCAUCUCUACAAGCCCGAUAUGAAUUUUGGUCAGCCCAUUUUACAAGUUUCAGGUCGGCUAAACAAAUGGAAACUUUUCAUUUAUCGAGCAAACCCGGGAAAAAGGAAGUUCCUUCUUGUUGGCAAGAAGACUUUCCUAUUCUAAAUACACAUCGAAAACCGACCUGAUCAGCUAUAAAUAUGGAAAGCCCUCGACUUCUUAGAACAUCCAAAAAUCAUCUAUCGAGACCUAGGGCAAACUAAACAAUCUGACUGUUCUAGCUUUCGAUUAUAAAAGUUUAGGUCGGCGUUCUUAUUCCGACGAUCUAAACCUCCGUGUAUUCAUUC